AUGCGGUGCGGUGACAUCUACUAUGAGGACAUGGUGUCGAAAGCGGGCUCCGCGGGAGCCGCCACCGUGAUCAUGUACACUGACGCCAAGGGGGCGAAGCAGAAGUGGUUCCCCGACGUGCGGGGGUUGCCGUCGACUGGCAUACAGGUGUGGACUCUGUACUAUGAUAACGGCGACCCGACCACGCCGCUAUGGCCGUCAUGCGCAGUGGGGCAUGACUGCGAGUGGCUGAGUGCGGUGGACCAGAGCGGGAGCGAGGCGCUGCUAGUGUCCGCCAGGGAUGGUAAGACAAUCCUCAAGGCGAUGGGCGGCGAUGAGGGUGUCGCCUAA